AUGGCAACUCAUAAUGUUCAAUUCCAAGAAGAAACCCGAAGCAAUCAGAAAAACACUACCACAUCCAUAAAAAAUCUUGAAGUCCAGAUGGGUCAAAUAGCACAACAAUUAGCCUCGAGUUCUCAAACACAAGGUGCUCUACCUAGUGCAACUGUGACAAAUCCUAGAGAGCAUAAUAAUGUGAGUGUUGUGACAACAAGAAGCGGUGAAUCUCAUGAAGUCCUUGAGGAGACAACUGAAGAUGAAGAUCAAUUGAUUGAAGUGGGUCUUGAGAUCAAAGAAAAUAAAGCUGUGAGGAAAGAAUCGGUUGUACCGAAACAAGUGGGUAUGAAGAUCCCAAUGAAGAAGAAAGUUCGAGGAUCUAUCACUAUUCCUUGUACCGUCGGAGCUAUGUCAUUCAAAAAGGCUCUUAUUGGUCUAGGAGGCAGUGUGAGCCUCAUGCCGUUAUCCAUUUACAAGAAGAUGGGUAUAAGGGUUGUGCAAGAUACCAGGAUGACACUCCAAUUCACAGAUCAUUCGGUUAAGAAACCUUAUGGUAUUGUUGAAGAUGUUCUAGUGAAAAUUGACAAGUUUGUAUUCCCGGUGGAUUUCGUGAUUCUAGAAAUGCCUGAAGACGAAGAUAUUCCUCUCAUUCUUGGGAGAACCUUUUUAGAGAUGGGAAGAUGCUUGAUCAACAUAGAAGAAGGUACUAUGACUUUGAAAGUUUAUGAUGAGGAAUUAAAAAUUGAUGUUCGAAACACCAUGAAAUACAAAGAUGAUAUUUGUACCAGUCAUAGUAUAGAGGUUCUGGAUCAAGUGAUUACGUAUGAUAGUCCUUUGAAUACACCGCAAUUACCUUUGGAAAAAGUGUUGAGUUUUUCCAUUUUUUACGGUGAUAAAGAAAUGGACAAUGGGGAAUCUGAAGUGCUGGGAAUGAUGGACGCACAACCCCCUUGGAAAGGAUCUCAACCACACCGGUGGGAAGAUUUAUGA